UUUGUGAAGAGAAAAUGGCGGAGGAGUGGCUAUAGCUCUCCUGAGGCAGGUAUGGCGGAAACAGAGCGAGGGGGAGGGUUUACCUGCAUGGAGUGAGUUUACACAGCAGUAGACGCAACACUGCACCUGUUCCUCUUCCCAGACUCUCUCUUUCACCUCAACUCCAGACAGCCAAACAAGUGGGAGCAGAGAGGGUCAACAUGGAUCCCAGCCAGGCCAGCGGGCAUGACAGGGAGAAUGAAAAAGGGGAGAAAAAGGAAAAGGACAAAACCAUUAAAAGGAGAAAUAGACUUUUCAUAAGAUACCUGGAAAGGAGGAAGACAGACACUAUUGUGGAUGAUGACUCCUCCAAAGGUGACAUCAGCAUCGCAACAUUGGUGAGAAGGAGCCAAUCUGACAAGACAGAGUACAGUUCAAAACUUAAAGAGAAAAUGUCCCCCCAUGGUCUCUCCUUACUUGCAUCUCCAGCCAUGGAUCCAGAAGAGAUCCGUCACAGGAAGAUGAUAAAAAGGUCAAAGGUCAUUGAGGAGCUGGUCAGGACGGAGGGAGAUUAUCAACGGGACUUAGAGCUUUGCAUAAAUGAAGUUCUGCUUCCUCUGAGAGAAGCACAGGUUGUGGAUGUGGAUCGACUUUUCACCAACAUUGAGUCUGUGUGUGAUGUCUCUAACGAUCUGCUCCUGAGGCUCCAAGAUGCCAUAGCUGACCCUGACCCUGAAACACAGCUUAUAGGAGAAGUGUUUAUCCAAACCAAAGCUGUCAUAGAGGAGGUAUAUAAAAUUUACUGCUAUCAUCACGAUGAAGCUAAUGCCUCACUUAAGUCUUAUGAAGCCCAGGAAGACAUUCAGCAGCAGUUCAGAAGAUGCAUAUCAGCACUCAAGAAAAUAUAUGACCUUGAAGGGAAGCCUAAUUUGCUUGACAUGGGUUCUCUACUCAUUAAACCAGUCCAGCGCAUCAUGAAAUACCCACUUCUAUUGGCUGAACUGUGGAAUGCGACACCCACAGAUCACCCUGACCACAGGCCUUUACAGGAAGCUCUUACAACAGUGAAGAUCAUAAACAUCAACAUUAAUGAGUUUAAGAGGAGGAAAGACAUAGUGCUGAAGUAUAAGAGGAGUGAUGACGAAACCUCACUGAUGGGUAAACUUAACAAGUUCAACAUUCAUUCCAUCAGGAAAAAAUCUGACCGCCUGACCAGCUAUUUUAAAAUUCUCACUGGUGUCGAGCCACAGGUGAGAGAUGAAGCUUUUGACAAGGAGGAAAAACUUUUCCGUAACCUUGAGAAAGCCGUGAGGCAGUUAGUGAAAAACAUCAGCUGUUACUUGCUCUAUACACAGGAGAUGAUAUCAGUUGCUGUUCAAAAUGCACAGGAUCUUGAAUCUAUAAUGAAGGAUCCGGAUAAAAUAGACACAAAUGGCUUUCAUCAAAAGAAGAAUGGCAACGACCCAUACAAACACUUUAAAGAUCACAUGGAGCAUUUGGUUGUGGCUCCUCUGUCUAGCCUGCUGGGAAUGUUUGCGUCGCCGCAGAAGCUGAUACAGAAGCGUUAUGAUAAACUGUUGGACUACUGCAGUCAGCUGGAUUCCCGAUCUUCAAACGAGGAACAGGGCCUUGCUAAAAGAGAUUACGAGGCCCUCAAUGCUCAGCUGCUAGAGGAGCUGCAAUGCUUCAACCAAGCCGCCAGGACCAUACUCACCAACUGCUUGAUUUGUAUAGUGAAAUUAAUACGAAAGCUGAUGGACGCAGCUCAACCGCCUGUCCAACAGCUACCGGUUCCCUUGUCAAACUUCAAUGAAGUCCAAAAUUCUAUCAUGGAAGAGCUGAGCAACCUUGGAUUCUUCAAAGAAAAUUCCCAAAAGCUGAUGGAGCGCAAAGUGAGCUUUGAGAAACGGGAAAAGAAAAUGGCUCCAGAGAUCCUCAGACAGACAGAGGAACAGAGGGCUCGGCUCCUGGAAGAGUAUCCUGUGAAACAGCUCUACCAACUCAAGCGCAACUGCAAUGCCUGUCAGGAAAAAGACAUCAGCCUGCUGGAGGGAGAGCUGGUGGCUCUGCUGGAGGACAGAGACCCGAUGGGCAGCAGCAGCCGCUGGCUAGUGCACACUGGGAGUGUGCAGGGAUAUGUGUAUUCCUCAUUCCUGAAGGCUUAUAACCCCCAGCGGGAGGUGACGGAGAGGCCGGAUGACUUUGACAAUCUGAGUCUGUUUGUGUCGGCCAGCAGAAGCAGCAGCAUGAGGAGCUUUAGCACUUCAGACAGUGUGUCUCCCCAGUCUGCACCACAGGAUGAGCUGGACACCUCAGAUGACCAACAUUUCUAUGCCGUUUAUGCAUUCAAGGCUCGCUGUGAACAAGAGCUCACACUUCAGGAGUACCAACACGUUCGUAUCCUUCAGUUUUCAGAUCUCGGCGGAAACAAAGACUGGUGGCUUGCUGAAUCUAAUGGACAGAAAGGCUACGUUCCAGCAAACUACCUUGGAAAGAUGUCAUACGCCUAAAGCUAUUUUUUACAUGCAAUAUUUAAAAGUGAAGUUUUAUUUUUUUUUUAAAUAUGAAGGUAACUGCUUAAUGAAGGCCAAUCAUGCACAACCCUUUUGCACUACAAAUGAUGCUACCAACAGUGUUUGCUUAAAUUCUAUACAAAUUAUCAACUUAAUCAGAAAAAAAAAAUAUAUAUAUAUAUUUUGUGUAAAUACAAUGAUAAUAAUAUAUGAAAAAAGCUCUAUUGUGAAUAAAAUAUUUAUAACCAUUUAAAAAAUGUCCUUGUUUGUUUGUGAGGGGAGGUACAGGUACAAGUACAGGUAUAUCAAAUAUCUCAUUUUUAUAUAAUGAUGAGAUAGUGGAUGUGUUCUGCUAAACAUGGUCAAAUCUGAAAUACUUCUAUUUUGCAAAUAAAUAAUUAAACAUUAAAAGAACCAAAGCAAUAAAAAAAGGUCACCCAAAAAUUGAAAUUCUGUUAUGAUUGUUGCAACCCACUGAGACCUGUUCGUUUUGGACCACAAAUAAAUAUAUUUUAUGAAAUUCAAGAGCAAGUCCAGAAAAGAAAUCAAAAAUAUUUGCAAAACUAUCCCAGGGUUUCUGCAGGUUUCACAAAGUAAAUUUAAAGAUUUUUUAAGACCAUAAUGAAUGAGGUUACAGACUCAUACAUGGGUUUUUUUCUAAUAGCCCAGUUGGUCCAGCGCUAAAAACUAGGUCAUUGUCCUCACCAUAUGGGCUAUAAAUACACAGAGAUCCUUUAAACAAACAUUACUGUAGGGAUGAAAAUUAAACCAUACUGGCAAAUAGAGUUAUAUUAAGUUUUGUUAAAAGUGAUUAGUUAGCUUUACAUGGACAUAGGAAAAUUAAGACAUGGUCAAAAUUGAGACCUAAAUUCCAGGUGACUAUAGCGGUAAAACAGUAAUCAUACGAAACUCCAAAUAUAUUUCUUUGCUCCCAAAAAAAAAAAA